AUGAAGGUUUUUGAAACGGCGGCGCUCACCUCCGUGCUCCUGAGUUCGGCUACACGGGCUGCGGCCUACACCGGAGCGCUCAUCAGCCUACACAAGAUGCUCGUUGAGGCCGACUCAAACACCAAGUCGGAAGCCCUUGAGACGCAGGCGCUCAAGAGGUACCUAGAAACCAACUUCACCGUCGAGAUCCAGACCGUCGAGGGAGACAGACAGAACGUCUACGCGUACCCCGGGGCCGCAAACGACGAGAUCUGGGGGCAUGGUAUAUCGGACGCGAAGGGCAGCGCCGCCGCGCAGAUCAUGGUAGCGAGUCCCCCCUCAAGAGCGGCAACGUAG